AUUUCCUUCUGAGAAGAAGCAGACAUCAUGAAGCCGAAAUUGACAUCAUCAGUUCAAAUUAUAUUGCUACUUGUUCUAAGCGCGUUGGGACUCACUGGUCAGUCAUACCCUGGAAAACCUAAGAUAAUAAGAUGUCAUUCUCUAGAAAAGGAAACCUUUUCAUGUUGGUGGAAGCCUGGCUCAGAUGGAGGACUUCCUACCAAUUACACCCUGUUCUACAGCAAGGACAGUGAAGAAAAAAUCUAUGAAUGUCCAGACUACCAAACAUCAGGCCCCAAUUCCUGCUACUUCGAUAAAAACCACACUAAUCCCUGGACAAUAUAUAAUAUCACUGUAACGGCAAUGAAUGAGAUUGGAAGUAACAGCUCAGAACCUCAGUAUGUGGAUGUGACCUCCAUAGUUCAACCAGAUGCUCCCGUGAACCUCUCUCUAGAAACAAAAACAUCUACUGGCAUAAUAUACCUUUGGGCAAAAUGGUCUCCACCUCCAUUAGUUGAUGUCAGCUCUAAUUCACAUGUAUAUCACUAUGAGCUACGACUAAAACCUGAGGAAAAGGAAGAGUGGGAGACAAUACCUGCUGGAGUGCAGACACAGUACAAAGUGACUAAGCUGAAAGCUGGGGUGAAGUAUGUUGUUCAGGUCCGUUGCAAGUCAGACCUUGGAGAAUUGAGUGAGUGGAGCUCCGAAAGACACAUUCAGAUCCCAAAUGGACAGUCACCUCCUGAAAAGCCUACAAUAAUAAAAUGCCGUUCUCCAGAAAAGGAAACAUUUACUUGUUGGUGGAAACCUGGUUUAGAUGGAGGACAUCCUACUAACUACACAUUGCUUUACAGCAAAGAAGGAGAAGAACAAGUUUAUGAAUGUCCAGAUUACAGAACUGCAGGCCCCAAUUCAUGCUACUUUGAUAAAAAGCACACCUCUUUCUGGACCAUAUACAAUAUUACUGUGAAGGCAACUAAUGAAAUGGGAAGUAACAUCUCUGAUCCUCAUUAUGUGGACGUGACUUACAUAGUACAGCCAGAUCCUCCUGUGAAUGUAACUCUGGAGUUAAAAAAACCAUUAAAUAGAAAACCAUAUUUGGUCUUGACAUGGUCUCCACCACCACUAGCUGAUGUCAGAUCUGGAUGGCUUACCCUUGAAUAUGAGCUGAGACUAAAACCUGAAGAAGGAGAGGAAUGGGAGGCUAUUUUUGUUGGACAGCAAACACAAUAUAAAAUGUUUAGUUUAAAUCCUGGAAAGAAGUACAUUGUACAGAUUCACUGCAAACCAGACCACCAUGGAUCAUGGAGUGAAUGGAGCUCAGAAAAGUAUAUUCAAAUCCCUACUGACUUUAGAACAAAAGAUAUGGUUGUGUGGAUCAUCAUUGGUGUCUUAUUGUCUCUUAUAUGUUUAAUCAUGAGCUGGACAAUGGUUUUGAAAGGGUACAGAAUGAUAGCCUUCAUCCUACCACCAGUUCCUGGACCAAAGAUAAAAGGCAUAGACACACAUCUGUUAGAGAGAGGAAAAUCCGAAGAAUUAUUGAGUGCUCUUGGUUGCCAUGAUUUCCCUCCAACAUCAGACUGUGAGGAACUGCUGAUAGAGUAUCUGGAGGUAGAGGACAGUGAGGAUCAGCAACUCAUGCCAAGCCAUGACAAUGGUCAUCCCAAUAAAAAUGCAAAAAUAUUACCCAAAGAAACAGACAGUGACUCAGGUCGAGGGAGCUGUGACAGUCCCUCUCUGCUUUCUGAGAAGUGCAGGGAGUCUCACACCCUUCCAUCAACACUUCAAAGAAAAGAUGUAAGAGAUGGUCAAGAAAAUAAAGGAGGAAAAAGGAUCAGGCAAACUCAAUGUAUAGCCUCAGAACAGAAAAUACUCCUUUUUGACAAUGAGACUACAAAAUCAUCCACAUGGCCUGCAGCUUUAUUACCUAGUAAUCAGCCUGCUGUGUUUGCCUACCACAGCACUGUAGAUGCACUUAAGAUAACACUGAGUACCACAAAUGUGAACAUUGCACCAAUUUUGAUGGGAAAUGAAGAAAAGCAUCAAUCACAAUGUCCUAUCACUGGAACUGUCUGUAACGGUGUGGAAAAGCAAAGAGAGAUGGCGAAUUUAGAUUCCAAAACCGACCAAGCUACAGCACAAGUCAAAAAACCCAGAUCUGAUGGCAAGCCACCUUUUUUGAAUCCUGAACUAAUGGAUUAUGUAGAAGUUCACAAAGUCAGACAUGAUGAGGAGCCAGCAGUAUUACUGAAACAUAAAGAAAACAGUGGAAAAACUGAAAAAUACACUGUUCCAGGAACAAGCAAAGAAUACACCAAAGUCUCAACCGUUAUGGACCAUAAUAUUCUAGUAUUAAUGCCAGAUUCACGCACCCAGCAUACAUCUGUGUCUCAAGAACCUGCAAUGGAAAUAUCUCAGAACCUUCAUCAAGGUGAUGCUGAGAAAAAUAUGAACUAUUGUCAGACAGUUCCAAGUGAGUGCAAAAGAGACACCAGUGGGUCAGAGUACAUGGACCCAUCUUCCUUUAUGCCCCCCUUUAAAUAACUCGUAGUUACAGUACAUGCUUAGUAGUUAUGUACCAUAAAACAAAACCAGAAAGCAAAAAGUUCCUUUAAAAAAACCUAGCCUUCUAUGUGUAUUAUACAGUGAAUAAAGUAAACUGUGGGUUGAGGUGGUAAACAUGGAAGUAAACCUUAAAUCAUUAACAAGUUUCUGACACAGGGAAAUGAAGAAAUGGACCUUGUAAACUAAUUACUCAGCUCUGUGGAUCUUCUGUUAGUUGAUUAAUCCUGAGGGAAUGCUGCAGAUUCAACAAAGAUGAAAACUGAUAUGGCUCAGUCAGUACACUAUAGUGAUCUGAGCAGUUCCUAAAUCAGAUAAAUCAUUGCAUAACAACAUUCUGAUCUACAAUGUACUUUCUUCUGAGUGUAUUCUGAAAACAGA